UCUAGUUUCCAGCUACACCAGUCCCCAUAUAAGAAGUAUAGUUUCCAGCUAGCAACAUUACAAUUCACUUUGUUUGUUUCCCAAGAAAAGCUUUUGCCGGGUAAAAGUUUGCAGUGUCGAAGAGAAAUCAAUGGCGAUUGAACACAUCGAUGAUGUCGUGGACGAGAAGAAUCCUCCUCCUCUCGACGAGGACGAUAUCGCUCUCCUCAAAACUUAUGGUUUGGGACCUUAUUCUGCCAGCAUAAAAAGGAAUGAGAAGGAAAUUAAGGAUAUGGCUAAGAAGGUCAAUGAUUUACGCGGUAUCAAGGAGUCUGAUACAGGCUUAGCUGCACCCAGCCAAUGGGAUAUUGUUUCCGAUAAGCAAAUGAUGCAGGAGGAGCAGCCCCUGCAGGUGGCAAGAUGCACAAAGAUCAUCAGCCCAAAUUCUGAAGAUGCAAAAUAUGUAAUAAAUGUUAAGCAAAUCGCAAAGUUUGUUGUUGGGCUGGGUGACAAAGUUUCCCCUACUGAUAUUGAAGAAGGAAUGCGUGUCGGUGUUGAUCGGAAUAAAUAUCAAAUUCAAAUUCCCUUACCACCAAAAAUUGAUCCAAGCGUAACCAUGAUGACGGUGGAGGAAAAGCCAGAUGUAACAUAUAAUGAUGUUGGUGGAUGUAAAGAGCAGAUAGAAAAGAUGCGAGAGGUUGUUGAGCUACCCAUGCUACACCCUGAGAAAUUCGUGAAGCUUGGAAUUGAUCCUCCUAAAGGUGUUCUCUGCUAUGGUCCUCCUGGAACUGGUAAAACACUUUUAGCCAGAGCUGUGGCUAAUAGAACUGAUGCAUGUUUCAUUCGUGUUAUUGGAAGUGAGCUUGUUCAGAAAUAUGUUGGUGAGGGGGCUAGGAUGGUCCGUGAACUGUUUCAGAUGGCACGUUCCAAAAAAGCUUGCAUCGUGUUUUUUGAUGAAAUAGAUGCUAUUGGAGGUGCGCGUUUUGAUGAUGGUGUGGGUGGAGACAAUGAGGUUCAGCGCACCAUGCUCGAGAUUGUGAAUCAGCUUGAUGGAUUUGAUGCUCGUGGAAACAUCAAAGUUCUAAUGGCAACAAACAGACCUGACACGCUGGACCCCGCACUAUUACGUCCUGGAAGGUUAGAUCGCAAAGUUGAAUUUGGCUUGCCAGAUUUGGAGAGUAGGACACAGAUAUUUAAGAUCCAUACACGAACAAUGAACUGUGAAAGGGAUAUUCGAUUUGAACUUCUAGCUCGCCUCUGUCCAAAUUCUACUGGAGCUGACAUAAGGAGUGUGUGCACGGAGGCUGGAAUGUAUGCCAUUCGAGCACGGAGAAAGACGGUGACCGAGAAAGACUUUCUUGAUGCAGUGAACAAAGUCAUCAAGGGAUACCAGAAGUUCAGUGCCACACCCAAGUAUAUGGUCUACAAUUGAUUGAAUGCUUUUGUCGCUCCCUGAGAUACUUGCUUCUCGCGGACAAUGCAGCUCCAAAUUAGACAGCAUCUCUCUUCAUGGCUAUUCUUGAACUCCAUCACCGGAACCUGAAACUGCUCGGAUUAUAGCUAUUCAUUCACUGUGCCAAGGAAGACUUGAAUGCCUUCAGCGGUCUCCAAUGUCAAAGUAAUAGAGACUGUAUUUGGUUAUAAAUUGCUGGUGUUCUUCGGUUGCAUUCCAGAUAAUGCUGUGUGUUUGAUUUUAAGAUUGACCAGCACUUUUGUAUUUUGAAUUAUUGAUUAAAUUAACCUCAGAAACUUUUUGCAUUGCGCACA